UUCGACAAAGGCGGGUUAUGAGUGAGCGGUUUAGGGCGCCACUUAAAGUUCGAGCUAACAAACGAAUUAACGUGGUUGCGUCUUUUGAACUUGAGUGAGCAAGAACGACAAAACUUGCGGAUGUAAUAAUGUCGAACAGCAAUCGAAGUUUUCACGAAAGCUCUUAUGAUAUCAGUCCGUGCGACUCGACACAGACUAGUUCAAUUGCAGAUCAGCUAAGAGCAGUGAAGGACGGAGAAAUCUGUAUGGAAGACUAUAGGAAUUGCAGUGUCCUUCAAUGCAUGACAUGCAACACAGUGCUUGGAGACUCUCGCGGCAUCUGUGGGGAAGUCCAGAGCCUUCAGAGUAUCAUUUGUCUGAAAGUUACUGAGGAUGUGAGGGUGAAUAAAAAGCUGGAGAUGAGUUUGGUCGGUCAUCUGGCUUUCUCCACCUACCAAGUCCUUAACUGUGCUGGUUGCCAUGGUGCUGUUGGCCUGGUUCUUCACUCCACCCCAGAACAUCUGUCUGCUUUAAGAAAUCUCUUCUGUUUACAAAAAGAUCUGAUAAACUGCUACAUGCUAAGAAGUGGCACAUGUGUCAAAGCCUCCAAAAUCAACUUCAAACACAGACUCAUGGACAAAAAUAUUAAAGAGGUGAGUAUUUAUGCCCAUAUAUGGUGUUUAUUUUACAGGAUCAGCAUUAUAUUCUAUUAA